GUGAAAAAAUAUUACUGUUCCAAGUUGGUCAGAAAUAAUAAAAACAAAAACAUGUAAUAUUUGUUACCUUCAAUGGGUUAGAUCUGGUGUUAACUGCUUGACAAGAUGCCAUCAGCUGGCACAAGAUUCCGGGAGGAAAGGGCUCUCAAUGGGGCGCUCAAGGCCCUGAGAAAGCCCCAGCAUUAUGAGCCUCCAGAAAAGAAAGGGGAGAUGUACCCCAUGAAUUGGCCUGGAUAUGAUAAUAAUGAUGUUGAGAAGAGAAUCAGUGGGGUCUUGGGACCACUGUCGCUGUUUGCACCCUUCCCCCACGAAGACAUGAAGGAAGAGGAGCCCAAUAUAGAACUGGAGAGACCUGUUACUCCUAUUGAUGAGGAGAUAAAGUCCCAGCCAAUGUCAUUUGACAAGCUAGCAGGUUACAUCCGCAGACGUCUCUCCCCGAGGCCUGAUGUCCCACACCUGACGUUUGAGGACCAACAACACCUGGCCGGCAUCCUUAUGGGGGAGGUUACAGGAGUCUGGCCAGAAAUUAGGAAACAAAUUGAUGACCCUUUUCUGAGUGCCUUGGAGAACCGAGAGUUGAACCGACGUAUAGCAGUGCACAUUGUCACCGUCUGUGAACAACUGUUCCUACAUUAUCUGAAAAAAGCAGAGGUGCUAAACAGCAGGGGAAUAUUCAGUGGACCUGCAAAUAUGAGUCGACUCAAAGCCCAGCUUUCACUCGAUGCCAACAAGUUUCUGAACAUCUUGAUGAUUCGUCGUUACCUGGUGGGGGACAUGCGGGGUGGGGAUGACCUUGACUCCCAGGAUUCUGACUUUAUGUACACCCCCCAGCUGGCCGGGUCUGAUGCCCCGCCAGCCAGGAUGACAUAUAAAGCUUUGAUUGAAACCAGUCGACCAAAAUCAAAACUCAAGCGUUUCCGAUUUAAAAGCCCAGAACAUGAGGCUAGGAAGAUAAUAGCGAACAUGCCGACCUUGGACAUGACAAAGGUGUCUGAGUUGGUGAUGGACCUGCCGGAACGGGAAUUAGGAACCCCAUCAGAGGUUUCUGAACAUCCUCCAUCCAGAUUGUCAGACAAGGAAUCCCAGUCCUCAGGAAUCUCAAAGGAGACAGUCUCAAAACAGAGGGUAUUGAUGAAGCGUUCCAACUCAUUGCCGGAGUUUGUGGGAGGGGAAACAUUGAUGGAAGAGCUUGGGAUCAGCGAGGACGUGCGUGUAGACGAGCUCGAGCGACAUGAGGUUCGACUGCUACAGGAGAUGAAUAAAAGGGAGAAUCAGGUAAAAGUUGAGGUUGCAAAAAAAACACCGCGUGAGGAGGAGAGACGAGAAUACAUAAGCGCUGACCUCGCUCGUCUGCUCGGCAAGGCGGAGGAGGAAGUCAAGGCAGACGAAGACAUGCCCCCACUUUUGCAGGCAAUCACCAGGAGCUCGAAGCAUGAUGGUAUGAAAGCUAGGUUGGAGAAAAAGAUGAAGGAGCUGGAAGAAAAAGAAAGGAAGGUUCAUGAACAGAGGAGCAUUCCUCUACGAGAACCCAAGCAUGCACAGCCAGCUACAGUGAAGACGAAAAUGCCUAACAAGAUGGAGGUUCGAGCAUCAGAUGUGCGUGUGUCUGAGCGUGUGUGUAUGUCGUCCAUAACCUUGGACAAAUAUGCCACUGUCUACAAUGACCUGAAUGAUGAGAUUGAUGCUGCGACGGUUAAGCAACUGGACCGUAACCUGUUCCUAGGUGACGAGAUACGUGAGGUCUACCAUGAGAUUAUGAGGACAAUACCUGCACAACACCUUGAGCUGGAUGAUGAUGACAAUGUUGUCCCAUGUGCAGACUCAGUGAACAUGACAGGAACCAUGGCGUCAGCCUCAUUGGUGCGUAAACGCUCGGACCGUGUCAUCAACCCUAUCUUCACAAAGGACCAGAUCAAGGCCCCGUGGGGAGAGAUGGACCCUAAACAGUGGGUCAGAACACCGAACAAUCCACCCAAGAAUUUCCAGGGCGAGGAUGUGUUCGCACCUCUUUUUGAUUUGAUUCCAAUCAUUACGCCGAACAUGGACAAAGUUCAUGAGGUUUUGCGUAACCCGUCAAAGAUGUCGCAGCUAGUGACGGCGACGGAGGAGUUCCCAUCGUAUGUGCAGGACAAGGUUGCUCGUACGUACGCCUCGUGGCUACAGUGGUGGAAGUCGACCAUCACCAGCGAUGACUACCUGAAAUAUCUAUCUACUCAGGAGACUGACUACAUGGCAGCCGUGUUCCAUUUCUAUGACUCAGGCGAGGACGAUGAUGAUGAGGAUGAUUUGGCGCCAACAGGAUUGCCCGCGACCCUUGGCACUACGGGGCAUUUGUCAUACCUAAAACCAGCUGUGAGCCGAACAACACAUACCAGCAAGCAAACUGAACUCAAAGAGAAAGAGAAGAAAUUGGAGAAAAUAGAGGAAAUGAAAGUCCAGAAGUCAGAGUACCAGGAGGGGUUCUGGAAUGUGAACAGUGUCCUCAUGGGCGGGCUGGGGAAGGAACCAGUUAUUGAAGAGGAGGAGGAGGAGAGCAAGGAGAAGCCACGCUCUGCAGACACCCAACGCUCUGCCAAGACGCUCCAGGAGAGAGCAGCUGCUCGCCACUCAGCCAAGAUGGACAAACCCAGGCAAGACAUCACAAUGUCACGCGCCUCCAAGGUUACAACUUUGACAUCGGCCAGUAAAAUGGAGACAGACCGCUCAUCAGUGAGCGAAGUUGAGGCACCCCCAACACCCCAGGAACGGCUGGAGAAGGUCUGGACAAACCUUGAGAUGCCAGAUGGUCUCAAACUUGACAUGGCCAUUAAAUACAGCUGUAACGAGUUCUUCAUGAAACUUGCCCAGGCUAUAGAGCUUUGGGAGGCGGUAACGUCCAAGAUUCUCAGACGGGAGGAGUUACUGGUCAAGCUGGAGAAGUUUGAGCGGUCAGCUUCGGACCCUAACAGAUUCUUUGAAAAAGGACAAAAGAGAAGCUCUGUCCAAAGACUGAAAGAAGCACAACAAAGAAGCUACUACUACAAGAGGAUCGAUGCUAUCGACACGGAGAUCAAACAUGAACUGGACUACAUCAGGUCCCACUUCAAGGACGUUAUAACCUACAAGGGUCGCCCGUACAUGGACAAGAUGAAAUGGGAUCGUAUCGAGAUGCUUCACUGGCUGCAGGAAGAAAGGAAACAGAACGCCAUCCAGUACGAGGCCCUGACAAAAAACAUACCGUUAAAACCUGCACAAUUAGAACCUAUUCCAUCACUUUCUGCACAAAAAGUAGCAUAGUGUGUGGAAGAGUGCAUUUAUAAUAGAGGGGAGAACAGAAAAGACUUAUGACUGUGAUAUGUUAUCUUUUAAAGCAUUACAAUAAAAAUAAAAAGGGGUUGGAAUAAAGUUCAAGAAUAUUAUUCAUAUAUUUAUUUGUUAAUAUUUAUUUAAACAAGUGAUAGCAACAUAAAACAGGAACAAUUUGUGAAGUAAUUGUUAUAAAAGCUGGCAGGAAUUUUUUUUCUAGAAAUGGAAGGCUACUCUUUUUGUAACUUCAUUUUAGAAAUCUUAUCUUUAGACUGUGAUUUAGUGAAAUGCAUUCCGUCCACCUUUUUGUGCGUAUAUUUCUACAUGUUAUAUAGCAUGUUUAAAUUGCUGAGAAACACAUUGUUAGAAUUGUUUCCUGUAUAUAUUUGUUAUGUACCUACACUGCUGAAAAAAUUAUAACUGCUGAAGUAUGUUCCUAGAAUUCAACAAAGAUUGAAAAGCUAGUGUGUGAUAUUUAAACUUUGUUGUCCUUUAUUGUGUGUUGAUUAUAAUUAAACUGUAAAAAUCAGAAA